AUGGACAGUAUAAUUCCGAUGAACGACGACGAUCCAAUACCGCUCCUGAAGGGCAAGUAUCCAGGUCGUUAUGAAGAUGAUCUUAAUCAAGACAGGACCGGCGAGGUCUUGAUGCCUCUUUCAGACAGCUAUGACCGCGACGACUACGUCAAAUAUCCAGUAAAUACUAUUCGAGGAAUGAAAAGACAUCCAGUGAAGUGCACGCCACGACAAAUCAUCCCUCUCAUGGGCAUCCCCGACGUUCUACCCGUCCUUCCUAUUACCCCAACACCUAUAUCAGGUUUCCCCGACACCGUCAGCAUCUCGGGGAUCGAUUAUUCUAUCAAAGGCAAUCAUGCUAACAUGCUGCCCUUCUACCAUCUGAGAAACUUCAUUGUUGUCCUCGUGGAAUGGUGCCGUGGAGACAGGGAGCCAACUUCAGGGACUAUUCCGAGCUCAAAAGGGAGAUAUGCUGCUGAAUUGUUUCGUCGAGUAGCUGCUGAUCAAAAUGAUGAUGCGCUGGACCCGUACGACCUCGCCGUUCUUCUUGCGCUUGCGCAGGAUCAGAAAUUUGGACAUAUCCAGCCUGAGGAAGGGAUAUAUACGACGAGAAUUUUCUACCCCAGCUCUACUUGUGAGGAAAUGAUCUUCAUUACUGCAAGGGUCCCAGAAGAAACUAUAUCUGCGCUAGAAAACGACGAGUUUGGAUUGCGGAAGGUAGAGAUCUUCAAGUCGACUGCAUCGCUCGGGAGGAAUGAAGCCUGGACUAAAAGUGAAUUUCUGAAGGCGCUAGUGACCUUGAUGGAGGAGAUCAUUUUAACCGCGGCCUCGACUGUCAAGCCCAGGGGCGGAUUCUUCGGUGAUGACGGGGGAACCUGA